CGGAAAUACCGAAGUAGAGGUCACAAGAGGAAGAAGAAGGAGGAGGUGCCGAGUUUCAUCCUGUAUUUGGCUUAUUUACCGCUAACACAAACUUAUGCACACUUUCACAUCGCACAGUAUUAUUGCAACACUGGAGAAAAUUUAACAUUCCUAUACUGGAUGUAUUUUGAGGACCAGACGAUUAACUGAAGGCUAUAACUGAGUGCUCUGGCUUCCCUGGCUUGUAUUUUGAGUGGCAUUUACUUAAGCAGCAUUUUGAGGCAUAACUGGAUCCUCUGGACCCUCUCUUGGCUACACGUAACGCAAUACACAGUGGCCUACUGCUGAGGAUGCCAGGAGUAAGGCUGAGUUAUGGAUCAUUUUUUGAGUGGCCUUGAUCACGGAAAUAACCCGUGGUAUGGAGCGCGUGCAACCGUAGCCUCGCACGAGUUUGCCAUUGGUAACAGCUCUUUUCAGUUAAUCCCAAUCCCUGGAAAUACCACUAGCCAUACAACUACUAACCACAGUGUGUAUACAAGUACAAGUCAAGCAAACUCACAGUCAGCUUUUCGGCCCCCUAUUGAGUCUCCGAAAGUCAAGUCUGAAAAAGAGGAUGAUGACAGAAGUGACACACCCUCCCCAUCAGUAGCACUAACACCACUCUCCACCAACAUGGCCCAUAACAGCCAUAAAGCUAAGGCUGCUGGAACUGGACGUUGGGAUACUAAGAAAGUCUGUAACAUUUGUGGGAAAGUUCUCUCUCGAGGUGACAAGCUGAAGAAUCACAUUCGCACCCACACGAACAACUUUCCCUUCCAUUGUGACACUUGUGGCCAGGGAUUCCUCCGCUCCGAGGGACUGCGUGUCCACACUCGGAUCCACACAGGAGAGCGCCCUUAUGUUUGUAUUGUGUGCAGUAAGGGUUACACUAGAAAGGACAAACUUACUAGGCAUGCUGUUGUCCACACUGGGGAAAGACCUUUUGUGUGUCAGCACUGUGGAAAGUCUUUUACUAGGAAGGACAAGCUGCAACGUCACGAGAUGAUUCACAAAGUGGACAAGCCCUUUACAUGUGUGCCAUGCAACUUGGAGUUUGUACGUCAGGAAACAUUCAAUGCACAUAUGGAAAGAAAACACCCCGAACGCCUCCCUUACACUGUAGUUCAGCAGCCUCGUUCAGGCAGCCCAUCCUAUCAUCCGCAGGGCAUCAAUCUCUCAGGUUUGUCGGAUACUAAAAGUAACAAUGGCAGUAACACCAGCAGCAAUACCAAAGUGUCUGUUGCAGGCAACAAUAAGCUUGGAACCACAUUAGCUUCAACAAGCAGUGCAUCAUCUAUCCUGAGUGGAACUUCGCUCAGUGGUAGUGGCAAUGCUUUGGCAGCUGGGCAUUCAAUUCUGAGUGGUACUUCCCUCCUCAGUGGCACUUCUCUCUUCAGUGGCACAACAUUAUCAACUGGAAUCCCACAACCUGGUAAUAGUGGAGCUCAUGUUGUAUGAACUUCAGUAAUUUAACAAAAAUGACUAAUAUUGCUAAAGCAGACAUUCAUUUAAUAUAGAAAAUAAUGAUAUAUGUAAGUUUAAGCUUCUGAAGUAUGCAUUUAGAUUUUGAUACUAAUAUUUCCAUAUUCUUUUGGAUUAAAAGUACUUCAUAUAUUCAUUACAUAUACAGGAUGUCCUAGAAGGAAAGUCACAUCUUGUCAGAUAUGAAAGAUCAAGCCAUUCCAAGUUGGAAAUAUUCUGUGGUCUAAUGCUUUCAGUGCCAUUGUUAAGAAGUAACGACAUUUUAAUAUGAAGGCACUAAGAAUUGGCAAGGGAGAGGGGGAGGAGAGGGCAUAUUGAGGAUGUUACUUGAUUACACUUCAAGGUUUUCAUAAAUAAAGAUAUAUAAUCGUAUUCAAGAAUGGAGCAUAUUGUUGUAGCAAAUAAUAGCUAAAACAUAGGGAAUGCCAUAUGGCAACAGCAAUUAGCUGGACAUUGCAGGACAGCCCAUGUGCAGUCACUUGCCAUUGUGCUUUGAAUUUCCGGUAACUUCUAAACCAUUUGACCAUAGAAUAUUUCUGACUUUGAAUGUCAAUCUUUCAUUUCUGAGAAUAUACAACUUUCCACCCAGGACAUCCAGUAUAUACCAUCUUCCUAUUACAAGUGACAUAUUCUAUAUGGGUGGAUAUUUAAAGUUUUGAUGUUCAAGUUAAUCCAGUAUUUUUACAGUAAUCACUAAAGAAUUUUAUGACCCACAUAAGCAAUCAGUUGAAACACUUCAAUCAGGAUUGUUGGAAGUUUUCUUUUUACAAGUUUUCCCUUUCAUCUAAGAUAUAGCCAUAAAAUUUUAAUAUUUUAUACUUAGCAUGUCUCCUUGCAUAUUGUAAUUCUUCAACAGCAUACCCAUAGCAAUAACAGUUCAUUGCUUUAUCUUCACUUUGGCAGUACUUGUAUCAUCAUAAGAACAGGCACAUUAAUGACAGAUUAUGGUGUCACCUGAUUUUUCACAGUAAUUAUUAUUAUUAUUAUUAUUAUUAUUAUUAUUAAUUAUUAGUUUUUGUCUUUGUCUCAUGAUGUGGUACUGGUGAGGUUUGUUCUUUUAUAGUAAGCACACUCACUUACAGUAGGGUACAACUGCAAACCACCUUUUUCAUGUCAAGCUUCAAGUUCACAAUAUCUCAGUGUUAGUUCUAUACCAUUUUUGUGCAUAGUGGACAUGGACUACAGUGUGAAAGGAGACAAGUCCAAAUUAAUUUCUGAUGGUCUUGAACUCAAACCUAAGUCCUCUUGGUUGAGAGCUGAGCUCAUUAGGUACUACACCAAAGCAUUGAAUAUUAUCAUUCAAACAGUGGCAUGAUAUUAUAAUAUCCAGUAGACUGAAAUGUUUCAAUUUUUUCAGUUCUACAUUUGUGGAAAUCAUGUUUUUAUCUAAGUAAUCAACAUUAAUUAGUAAUUUGUUAAUUUUUCAAUCUUGGAGGUGUUCUGCUGCCUUGUUCCAUGAGGAUUAUAAAGUUCUGUUAAUUUGUUUUAUCUCCAAGAUGUAAAACAGGUUGACCAUCAAUACUUUAACAUCAUUGGAUUUAGAACCAUCCCAAAUUAACCAUUUUCUUGAAUUAACCAAGGUUUAACCUUGACACCUCUAAUACAGCUCCUGAUAUAUCUAAAAGACUUAAAUAAUGUGACUGGUGUGCCAAAGAAUGUUUUCCAGUAAAAUGAAACAGAUAUUGUAUUAAAUGUAAGUCAAACACAAAUAUCACAAAACAGGAAACAAGCCUGGUGAACUUGUUGGUGUAUUCUUCUGCUCCUUCCUUGUUCAGAAACAAACCUAAUUCACUGAAAUGCCAUGGCACUUCAGGAAUCUCUACAACCAUCCCGUGGUAAACUCAGUGUUGUUUUGAACCAAACCCUCUAUGAAAUACCUUCAUUUGUUUCAUCAUUAUUGUAUCAGAUAUGUUUACAUCAUCACUUGCUGUUGAAACCACUGUGGCAUUACUUGAUCAUAAGCUGUACUCUUUCUAUCUUUAUAUCUUUCAUAGUUUUUCAUAUGCAUAUCUGUUUCUUCGAAUUUGAAUUGUUUCAAUUUUUCCCACUGCAUUAAACUGUUCUAAGCAAGUGCUGAUCCUGUGCCAUAAGUUUCACACAGGUGAUGAAAAAAUGCUGCAGUCCGAUUUUUGCAAAAAUUUAACUUUUCUUUUAUUAUUAUUAUUUUACAUUUGAACAUUUUGUGCCACAAUCUCCACUUGCUUCUUUUGAAGUCAUAACUAGCAUGAUGUAGGAGUCACAAAUAAAAAAUAUCUGAAUAAAAACAUUUCUGCUCAGCACCAGUUCCACACACACACACACACACACACACACACACACACACACACACACACACACACACACACACACACACUGAAGGGCUUCUUGAAUGGAUUGGCAGUGCAAUGUGGAAUCACUCCCACCAUCAAAAUUGUUCCUGGAUUUACUUGCUCCAUUUCUACCCUAACAUAUUCUACAGACAGCAGUAAUAAUUUGUCAAUAUACCUCAAUAUAAUUGUUGAUAGCACACCAAAUCUACUAAUAUAAGAUUGGAUGGUAGGACUUUUACACUCGCACAUAGGGUAUGUUUUGGUGCUCUGUUUUAACACAUUACUCUUGUUUUCUUACUCCAUUUCUAUCAUAAUGUAUUCUACAGACAACAGAGUGAUAAUAAUUUGCUAAGAUAACUCCAUACAGAUGUUGUUAAUACAUAAUUCAUUACAUGUUAAAUGUAUAAAUUAUCUGUUAGAGUUUUGAUGCCUUCUCACUAUAGUGCACAUGCACAAAGGUGUCUUCCAGGAGCAGUUUUGACACAUAAACUCACACAACAGUGAUACCAUGCUAGGUUUGUAGUGCCAUCUGCAUGCAGCAAAUUAAUCACAUGGCCACAGCACAUGCUUAAAAAAAAUACAGCUAACUGAAAAUAUCAUAUUAAAUGAGGUUCUAAAUUAAGCGAUGUCAGAGUACCAGUGGUCAACCUGUGUUUAAUCAGAUAUGAACAUAUACUUUUUAAGAAAUCAAAUUUAGUGUUUGAUAAGCUAUGAUGCACAAAAUUAUGCAAUUGAAAGCUGUCAUAUUGCAGCUUUCAAAAUUUUCUUGCCUUAACACAAUAAAAGUAAUUGCAUAUGCUUCCUUAUUUUUGUGAAAGCUUUAUGUGUUGCCUCAAAAGUACAGUUAUAUGGCUAUUAGAACAAAUCCAGCAACAUAGUUACAAAAAAGGCAUUGCUGAAACACCUUGUCUACUUACUGCUUCAUUAAUCUGUUCCAGCUCAUAGAUUAUAUUGACACAUGCAAAAGUAAUUUAUCAUAGUAAAUCGAGUUAGAUGCUGGCAGUAAGAAAGCCUUUAGGAAGAGAAAAUGUAGAUCUUGAUUGAUCAUAAGAAUACCUUCAUAAGUCAAUUGACAUCUUUAGUAAGCCUGUGAGUAUAUAGAAAUGUUGUAAAUCCAGUGAGGAAACUUUAUGAAGAUGUUUUUCAUAAUGUUAUAAGUUCAGCCCAUUUUCUUGAAUUUAUUGAUAUAUAUACCUACUAAACAUUAACAUUUUAAUGACAUUUUAUUUUUUGUUAAAAAAAUCAGGUAUUAUGUAUGUACAUCAUGCAUAGAAUUAUGGUAAACUGAGAAGACAUUUCAACAUGUCAAAUAUGCCUUUUUUAUAUUAUUUAAGGAUCUUGGAAGUUUUUCAUUGUACAUGUGGAUACUAUGAUGUGAAUAAAUUUCAUAUGUAAGGAUAUAUUUGGGCUAAACUAAAACAUGACAACAAUCAAGCUUAUAUUAUCAUCGGGAUUCUCCACUCCUUUUUAGAUUAGCAUAAGAUUUUUUCUUAAUUCCACAAGAUUAAUUAUAGUGAUUUAUUUAUUGGGAAGGAAAUUGCAGGUAAUAAGCAAAAUGUGCUCUUUGUAGAACCACUUGUAUCUUAAGGUUUUUAUGGAGUAGUUUUCUCAGAACUACUCCUGUUAUUCAUAAAACUGUAUUUUCAUAUUUUAGCUUUACAAUGUGAAGACAUUAAGGACGAGUAUGAACUAAUAUAGUAGAUUAAAUUUAUGCUGAGCAAAGAUAUAAGAGGGCUAAGAACAGCAUGUAGCAAAUUGAACUGAUAAUGUAAGUAAUUUUAACAUACUUUAAGAAAAAAAUUUUCCGCUGAAGACAAUGAACUAUUACUACAUGUUGUCUUCCUGUAUUUGUAAAGAUUUGGUCAUCAUGAUGAUUAACAUACCAAAAAUCAAACAGUAUUUGUUAGGGAAAUAGAGUCUGCUACUAAUGCUGUCAAUAUUAUACUAGAUGAUGUGAGCAUGAGGGAAGAAUAGAAGGAACGUUGUAGUAAUAGCAAGACCAGUUCCACAAUACCAUUGAAAUUAAUACUAUCAAGAGUUCUAUAGAGAUAUUUAGAAUCCUGUGGCAUUUCAUAAUGCAUAAUACAUUGUGUAUUUCUAGAAUGCAUCCUGGAAGCUUAAGAUCAAAUCCCGUAUGUGUAUUUUAAAUAUAAUGAUUAUAAAGCUUCACGUAAAUUGGUGUUAGUAAUUAUGUAUAUAGUUCAGCAUUUUGUGCCAAUAAUUGUGCUCUUGGCACUGCAUUAUAUGCCCUGUCUGUUUAUUUUUUAUUCACAUGAGUAAAGUAAAUACAUUUUAGUGCUUAAUCUAUGCAUUCCUUUCUAUACAAGCCACAUCUGGGAGACCAUUAUAUCCUGAAGAUUGUGUAUCAGCAUGAACUCCACCUCAGAUGAAACUGUGCUCACACACACUGCAGGAUUGUGACUCGUUAACAAACAGCACUAUGAAAAGAGGAAAAGGGCAGAUCCAUUUUGACUGUGUUGACUUUGUAAGAGGUGAAAUGAGUUGGGCAUUAUUUAUGUGAGUAUUUGGUAAUGCAGUACAGUAUUAGUUUUAACUUUAUUAUGCAGUGCAAUGCAAUGUAUGAUUUACAUAUAUAAAAAAAUAUUCUCACAUAUAUAUUUCCAUAAAUAUUACUGUAUUAAUGUUAUGUGUGAUAUUUAUGAUUAAUUUUUAUAUUUUAAUUAACUAUACUGCUGUGCAUAAUUCAAUAAUUAUUUCAUAAUCAUGAAAUUUUGAGCAAAAUUUUGUUUUCUGAAAGCAUAACUUGAUAAUGGUUCCAUUGGUUAACUUUUGUAGUAUGUAGUUGUAACAGAAGUAUGUCAUUUCACUUGUGUAGUAUUGAAGUUUGGCAUGACUGCUGAUUUUGACCUGGAAUACUGAAAGUUUUGGAUGGCAUCACUUUUUUUUUUUUUUUUUUUUUUAAUAAAGGGAUGAUUUUAUUUUAUUUUUUUGUUUUAUUAUUAUUUUUUAAGUAAAUAGAGAUUAUUUAAUUUUCUACAUGAUAAGAAAACUGUAUGAUGCAAGAAUGCACAUAGCUUGAAGCACUACAUUAUCCUGAUGUUUAUGCUAGUUUAAGAAUAUUCUCUCUCUCUCUCUCUCUCUCUCUCUCUCUCUCUCUCUCUCUCUCUCUCUCUCUCCUCGCCUUUGCCUGCACAUGUAAAUGGCACUCUAGAAAGAAAAGAUAACAAAAGUUGAACAAAUACCAAAAGUCAUACUAAUAGAGUAAUUCAAAUUCUCUCAUGUCUUUCCUCUUGAGGAAAUGCACAAUAUACAGUACAUAGAUCACUGUGGGAUCCCCAUAUUCAUCCCUCUGAGUUGCCUUCUACAACAUGCAGGAAAUAUGGAAAGCUGUAUUCUAAAUUUUUAUCUCAGGGAAUCUUAAAAUUUUCAUAUCUGGGUUCAUAUUUUUGUAGGGCAGGUCAUGUAAUCUGAGGCUUUUUACACAAAAUGUCGCUAACCUGAGUAUCCAGAGGUUCCAUGUGCAUUCAGUUUGCAUUCCAUUGUGAUCUGAAGACUGAGGCACUUCACUGUAAUGUAAACUUUUGGUGUACAGGAAAGUCUUGGUUCAUGAAAAAUUGAUACUCAAAUAUUCUUUUAAACAAAGAGGUUCCUGAAAAUUGUUUAUACUUUUUAUUGGUAUGAAUGACUGAUGUUUAGAGUUUGAUACAGAAUAUAUUGUAUAGAUAUGUGACAGAAGAGGUUGAAAUUGUUAACACAAAGUAACUGUAGAUAUCUCAUCCAGAGGCUUACUUUACUUGGCUCACCUGGAAAAAAAUACAAGGAUUGACAACAGGCAAGGAGGUUUAUGAGCAAUUCAAGAUUUUAGCAUCCACUAUAACAGGAAUUUAUAUUUGGUAAUAAGCAGGAUCGUGAGUUUUUUUUUUUUUCGGAAUUUAAGAGUUGUGUCUACUAACAAGCAAGGACACAAAAGUAAAAAUGUAGAUUUGUUGUAGAUGGGAUAAGUUCCACCAUAGCUAGUGUGUAACCUAAAAGAAAAUAUUGAUAUUACUCCAUUUGUUUUUGCGACAUCAUGAAUGGUUGAUGACUUGUAUUAUGAAUGACUCAAAUAUAGACUUUUCCAUAAUAUCUCAAAGAA